GGUGGAGCCCGGGACCCGCUCUGUCAGUCCCAUUGCUGGGGUGGCCGCGGGAGGCGGAGGGAGGAGAGGAGAAGAGAAGAGAGGGGAGGGAGGAGGGAGCCGUGGCGGCGGCGGCGGCGGCUCCGGUCCAGGCGGGGAGGGUUCCUCCUUGACCGCCGCCACCGGCAACAGCCUCUCCACCUCCUCCUCCUCCACCACCACCACCUUCUCCUCCUCCUCCUCCAUGGCCGCUGCGGCUCCCGGCGUGGUGACCUCCGUCUUGCUGCAUGUGCUGCUGCUGCUAGAAGGGGAGGCGGUGGCCGUCGAGGCCGGGCCCGGAGGCUUAGGACCCCCGCCUCCCUGAGGAGCAGGAGCCGAAAUGGCAGGGCCGGCCUGGCAGAUGAAACUUUGACCUUCCUGAAAAUUGUUCCUGAGGAUCUUCUGAAUGAAUAUUCCGGUUACUCUCAAACUGCCUGAAAUGGCAAGUCCAGCAGUCAGUCCUGACUCUUCCUCACAUGAAGCACUCUCUUCUGUCAAUUCCAUGCCUGCGUGCUCCCCUACAUCUGAUUCUGAGAACCUCAGUCCAGAUGAAUUGGAGCUAUUAGCAAAGCUGGAAGAACAAAACCGGCUUCUGGAAGCAGAUUCCAAAUCGCUGCGCUCCAUGAAUGGCUCCAGAAGGAACAGUGGGUCCUCUUUAGUCUCCAGCUCUUCUGCCUCAUCCAAUUUGAGCCAUCUUGAAGAGGAUACCUGGAUCUUGUGGGGGAGGAUUGUCAAUGAAUGGGAAGAAUGGCGCAAAAAGAAGGAAAAACUUCUCAAGGAGCUAAUAAGGAAAGGAAUUCCUCAUCACUUCCGAGCCAUUGUUUGGCAGCUUCUGUGCAGUGCCACUGAUAUGCCUGUGAAGAAUCAAUAUUCAGAGUUGCUGAAGAUGUCUUCACCUUGUGAAAAGCUGAUCAGGAGGGACAUUGCCAGGACAUAUCCUGAACAUGAGUUCUUUAAGGGACAGGACAGUCUGGGCCAAGAGGUCCUGUUCAACGUUAUGAAGGCUUAUUCUUUAGUAGACCGUGAGGUUGGGUACUGCCAGGGCAGCGCAUUCAUCGUGGGAUUGCUCCUCAUGCAGAUGCCUGAAGAAGAAGCCUUCUGUGUGUUUGUACGGCUGAUGCAAGAGUACAGAUUACGGGAGCUGUUCAAACCCACCAUGGCUGAGCUAGGACUCUGCAUCUAUCAGUUUGAGUACAUGCUGCAGGAGCAACUGCCUGAACUGAAUAUCCACUUCCGUUCCCAAAGCUUUCUUACUUCUAUGUAUGCAUCAUCAUGGUUUCUUACUCUCUUCCUCACGACCUUUCCUUUGCCUGUGGCCACUCGAGUAUUUGACAUCUUCAUGUAUGAGGGAUUGGAAAUAAUAUUCCGUGUAGGGAUGGCUCUACUGCAGUUCAACCAAGCUGAACUGAUGCAAUUGGACAUGGAGGGGAUGUCGCAGUAUUUCCAAAAGGUGAUUCCUCAUCAGUUUGACAGCUGUCCUGAUAAGCUCAUCUUCAAGGCCUAUCAGGUCAAAUACAACCCUAAGAAAAUGAAACGACUAGAGAAGGAGUACACAGCGAUCAAGAACAGGGAGAUGGAAGAACAGAUUGAAAUCAAGAGGCUUCGUACUGAGAAUCGCCUUCUGAAACAGCGAAUUGAGACCCUGGAGAAGGAGAGUGCUGCCUUGGCAGAUAGAUUGAUUCAGGGUCAAGUUACCCGUGCACAGGAGGCUGAAGAAAACUAUAUAAUCAAGCGGGAGCUAGCAGUAGUUAGGCAACAGUGCUGCUCAGCAACAGAGAACUUGCAGAAGGCACAAAGCACCAUUCGGCAGCUGCAGGACCAGCAGGGAAAUCCACGUUACUCUGAGGAGUUUGUGAGUCACCUGGAGACAGAGCUUGAGCAGUCACGCCUUAGGGAGUCUGAGACUCUGAGUGCCCUUAAAGAGAUGCAGGACAAAGUGCUGGAUAUGGAGAAGAAGAACAGCUUGCUUCCAGAUGAAAACAAUGUGGCACGUCUGCAGGAAGAAUUGAAGGCUAUGAAGGUGCGGGAAUCAGAGGCAAUGAAGUCCUUCAGGGAGCUUCAGCAGCAGGUGAAGGAGCUCAAUGACAACUGGCAGGCCCAUCUAAGCCGAACAGGAGGAAGGUGGAAGGACUCCCCUCGUAAGAACACUAUGAAUGACCUCCAAGAUGAAUUGAUGAGUCUCCGUCUGCGUGAGACGCAGGCACAGGCUGAGGUGCGGGAGCUGCGCCAGAGGGUCGUCGAAUUGGAAACUCAGGAUCAGAUACACAGCAAUCAUCUAAACCGGAUGGAGCAGGAGUGUGCUGGGCUGCACGAAAAGGUACAAUACCUCACUGCCCAGAACAAGGGGCUACAGACUCAACUGAGUGAGACCAAGCGCAAGCAUGCCGAAUCUGAAUGCAAGAGCAAAGAGGAGGUGAUGGCUGCGCGCUUACGAGAAGCUGAUAGCAUGGCUGCUGUAGCCGAGAUGCGACAACGAAUUGCUGAGCUGGAGAUCCAGAGAGAAGAAGGUAUGAUCCAAGGCCAACUCAACAAUUCUGACUCUUCCCAGUAUAUCCGUGAACUCAAGGAUCAGAUUGAUGAGCUCAAGGCAGAGAUCCGUCUGAUGAAGGGACAAAAACCUUUUGAGGACUCAAUGGGCUUCGAUGGUAUCCAUAUUGUGAGCCACCUCGCAGUGGAUGACGAUUCGCUGCAUUCUUCAGACGAGGAGCUGCUGACCAGCCCCAUGGUGGUGGGUGCCCUGCAGGAUGUCUUGUACCCACUAUCUCCCCAUAACGCACACUUUCUGCGGGGUGCAGAGAGCUCUGGGAAGGAGAGUGAUGGCACCACAGAUAGCGAUCCCGACGACCCUGCCUCCGCCGCUGAGCCCAACGGGGAGAUCAUCUUUGAAGAGGCCUUGGGCAAAUGAGGGGAGAGGUGGCCGUCCCAGCUUCACUCAGAAGGCACUUUGGUGCUGUGGCCAUGCUGUCCUGAGGGUCAGGGUUCAGAGACCGAUCAUGCAAAACAAAACUGAGGCCCCAACUCAGGGAGUCCCACCCCUCCCUCAUGGGGGAUGGCUUGGGAGGAAGACAGCAUUCUUCGGCUGGCCUGCAUUAAUUACACGGACCAUCUCUAUCGAUUGUUGUCUGCACUGCCUUUUCUUUUUCAGCUGUGUUGUCACUGGUUGUUAAAAUCCAAAUCUGUCUAUUGGCCUCAUUCACAUCUCCCACUACCCGUCCUAGCCCUUUGGCCAUAUCUUAAUUUUCUCCCUUCACACGCACAUAGAUUUGCACACUCAAGAACUCUGAAGGAACAGUAGCAGCGACAAGUCCACUGGUUCCAUAGAAUGCCGUCUAGUAGUGAUUAAUCUCUGUUUCCUUGCCCUGCUUGGGAAGAUGGGCGGGGCAUGUCUUCCCUUGAAUUAUACGUGUCUCUUUCCUUGUUGUUUUGCAUAGGGAAGAGACAAAUUGAAUGUCUCCACAGUUGUUUGUGAUUUUCAACCUAGGAAAAGGACAGGAAGGUGUGUGUGGAGAGUGUGUUUCCGAAGAGGUGAUUUUGUUCUAGCAAGAGACAGAGAAAGAAAUUAUAUUUUUGUUCCUUCAUAUAUUAUUUAUUUAUACAGUGUAUUUGCCAAACCUUCUCUCUUGGCAUAAAGCUUUAAGUUCAGCAGUCUUGAGGGCUAUUAUGGAGCAGCCAGAACUGCUUCUAUAGCUAAUGACAAAAGCAUCUUUUCUAUUUAAUUGUGUUUCACAUGGUGUGAGUUGUUUCACAUGGUACCUUCGAUGGCAUCUUUUGCCUGCAGCUUAAUUCUGCCCUGCUACAGCUGCGGCAGUUAGGUGCUGUCUUGCUUCAUAUGGUAGGUAAGUAGCUGUUUACCCAGAAAUCCUCACUUGAAAUUGAGUGAGAUGAUGCCAUAGCUUUCUAUAAUUCCACUUUGUGGUCAUCUCUCGAAACACUUAUUCCUGCAGAACUAUGCCUGGUUCAGGCAGCUGGCAGCCCAUCAAAGUGCAUGGAAAAUAUAUUUUAUUUAGGGAAGAUACAUCAGUAAGUUCCUUCCCUGAGCUCUUAUUUGGUACAUAAUCCACUGGAACAGAGUAAGUGGCUCAGUUUUGUGAAAUUUGAGAAAGUAACUUGAAUAAUUCUUUCUUGUCAAUUGACAAGCCAUCUUAUGGAGAGACACCUGAUGGAGAGAUGCCUGAUCUUUCCAAAAUCAAAAACAAAAAUGCCCAGGCUUUCCUAGUGGAAGUACAAAUAAAGCAAACAUAAGGUAUACAGCUCUGUGUUUGCUUUCUGACACUAAUGGGGUGGGAGGCUGUAGCAGAGAAUCUGGGAGGGAGGGCCAUGGUUAACCUCCUUUCCUCCUGUGGAUUAUUGCUUGCAAAUGCUUCUCAACAAUGUCCUGCCACAACCACUGUAUAUAUGUUAAGCUAACAACGUGUUCAUCUAUAUAUGUAGCGCUCCUCCAAGAAACAAUUCCACCAGAUUUUUUUCUCCUAAAUUUGUGAAAGGAGGUCACAACAAGAUUAGCUUCUAGCCUUCACUUAGAGUGAAGAGGGAACUCACCAGCAGCAAUACAAAGAAAACCCCAUAAUCUACAACCAGUCAUUCGUGAUCUCACUCAAGAACUUUCCAAGUCAGUGAUCCCCAGCUCAGCUGGAAAUGCUGCUUUGUUACUAUAAUGCUGUUUAGGUGUCUACAUUGCAGGAUGAGUUCUUGUAACUCACUAGGUAUUUCUUCAUACACACAUGCACACCCACACCCCAAAGAGUCCUUCCAGUAGACAGGCCAGUUUGUCAAGCAAAGACACGAUGCUUGACCUCUCUCUGCAGCUGUUUGCCUCUCAUGUUCAAUAUAUACGGAUAAAGCCCAAUAGGAUAGAAGAUCUAGAGAAGGGAUGGAGGGGUAUAUGGAGUGUUGAAGAUGCAGCUCUUUGACCCUGCCAAGAUAGUUGGCUGUUACCUUACAUGAGAUCUAUAGUUACCAAGAUCCUUUUGUGCCAUAUGGUCUAUGGGUUAGUUUCUUAACUGGGAAGAGGUGGUAAUUCUUUAGGCAAGGGGGAUCAUUUCUUGUUUUUCACUUCUUUUCACCCAACACUCCUUGCCCUGUGCUGUUACAAACCAACAAUACUGUUGGAGCUUGCCUAAUUGCUAAAAUGCACAUUAUUAAGUCACAUUGUUCUGUAUCAGACAUACAGACCUCUCUUUCUGAAAGAGGUCUCUGUGAUUCUUUGCUAGGCAUGGAUUUGCAGUAUGUCUUGUCCUGACUGAAAGAAGGGGUUCCCUGAAUUCAUCAAGUGUUAUUAGGUGUGCCUCUUAACAGGGCAAAUGUUGUGGGUCAUUUUCAAGUGCAGUUCCAGAGUCUCCUCUUGUGAGGUUAAAUUGGCAUUUGCAAAUCUAGUCAGACAGACAUUCACUGCCUGGCCCAACACAUAGAGUGGUCCUGAAUUUUUUUAUAUACAGUAUAUAUAUUUAUUUAUUUAUAUAAAUAUACCAGGGGGGAAUGCUCCAAUUCAGUAUAAUCUUUCACAUUUUAAUAGGUGUAUUCUAUAUGUACAUGCUGUUGCCAAAAUUCUGUAAUAUGCUCCACGAGUCUUCAUUCUCCCUCCUCAAGAUCAGCAGUUCUGUACAGUAUGUUGUCCAUACAAGAAUUCAGCCUGCACAGUUACUUAGAAGUGCUUGUGUCAUUCCUCUCCUUCCCUUCCUAUUGGUGGACAUACAUUUGCCCUGUUGGAUGGCUUGUGAAACUGUUGGCCAGUUUGUGCAUAAAUCUAGCUGCUGGUGAUAUUUGUUUGUGUGAUGUGAGCCAUCUGCUUGCUUGCUGCCUCCAGGAUCAUAUAUUGGGAACACACGCUUAAUCACAGCUGCUUCUAAAUCUAAAGUCACCUCCUUUGGAAGUUAAGGGAGUAAAUGCGAGAAGAUGGGCUCAUUUUAAUAGAAGCAAAUUCAAACUGCUUGCUCGGUGGUUGUUUUUAAUAUAAAAUCCAUUUAUGCAUUAUUCAGUUUGCUGAUCCAGGCCUCGCUUUAGGUCUAGAGUGACUAAACUGGAAUUUUUAACAUUUGGCCUUUGUACUGUCAGUGGACCAGGAGGGUGCCUGGGCUCAAACCCUCACUAAGCCAUGGAAAUUCCCUGGGAGGUGGCCGGGAUAAACCACUCCUUGAACCUCUUACAUAUCUUGAAAACCUGAUUAGGAUUGUCCUAAGGCAGAAACCAUUCGAUGUCACAGAACAACCGCCAUCUGCACUGUAGUCACUGAGUCCUGCUGCUGCCACUUGGUUGCCAGGUUUGAGACCAGGGCUGCAGGGCAGUAUAAUCUGUUUUAUUAAAAGUUGCCACAACUACCUUUGUCCAAUUACUCUUCUUCUUCUAUACUUGCAGUGCUGAUAAGGCCAUAUAAAAGUGUUCAAAAUUGAUGUUUUUCUCUGGAUUGUCUCAUUUCUGAUCUGUGCAGCAUCAAGAGAUAAUGGGAUGAACACCUUGACUUCUGCACUUUCCAGCAAAGAAUAUUUAUUUCCAUUGGCCAAAGCCCUGUUGCUUAGCAUAGUAAAUUGCACAUGAGUGGGUCAAAUGAUAUUACUCUAUAACUUACUAUGCCAAAGUAAAUUGCAGUUUAGAGUAGGCCUAUUUGAGUCAAUGGGAUGUAUGGAAGAGGUGACUCAUCAAAUCCCCAUUGACGUAAUGGGUCUACUGUCAUUUGAUUUACUAUGCAAACCAACAGGAUGGUGGCCAUUGUGUUUGGGCUCUUGGUGGAUAAUGUAAAACCAUACAAUAAAAUACAUCAUCAUGGGUAAUAUGAAAUAAGUAUUUUAAUAUAAUUCCUUUCUGGUGAAACACUCAUCAACUGCUUAGAGCCAUGGAAGAAUUAAAACUAUUAGAGCAGGGAACUGGCUGAGAGAUGGCAAUUCUGACUUUACCUUGGCAGAGACAAGGUAUUUAGUGGAAUCAAGCAAGCCUUCCUUCCUCUUGAAUUGGAUAAAUACUAGCCAGAGAUAAGCCUUAGUGGACUGUAUGACAUGAGGUCAUUUUAUAACUAAUUAAAACAUUAACCUCAUUGAACUUAGUGGAGUGAGGCCGACUUGCUUUUCAGGCAGAUCUGGCCUUCAGCUCUUUCAAAAUAAACCCAUUGUGUCAAAAUGUGUCCCCUCUGCCAAGUCAUUCUGUACAUUUCAAUAAUAUCUCCAACAGAUUUGCCUUUCUGUUGUUCUAAUGUGUUUGGAGGCUUUGCAGUGCAGGAACUAUAUAUCUGAGGUUGAAGCCUUCUGUGUACAACUCGGGGACUAGAUGCAUGCAUAACAACCUUCUAUCAGGUCCUGUAUGUUAGACAAUGAUGUGGGGCCAGCGUGGUCUGUUUUGAUAUGCAAGAAUCUUCCAGGGCAUUAUCAGGCUUUCUCUCUGUCUUGAGGCAGGUGGGAUUUUUUGCUUUACCAGAUUCUUUUACCUAGCAGGAGCUUCAUGGAAUUGUAAGGCAUAAAAUUGCCCUGCCAAGCCAUCCAAUCUCUCUCUCUCUCUCUGCUGUCUCUACCAUUUUGCUUUGGUUUUUUUGAAAUUCUUCUUUAUGCAAAGUAUUGUGAAUGGAUUUUUAAUGAUGAUACCAGUUUUUCUCACAGACAGUGACACUGGUGACCUUUCAUUUCCUACAUUUCCUUUGUGGCUAUUCUUAAGUAGCUCCAAACAGAAGUGCCAAAUGUUUUAGCCCGCUCAGUGCUGUGCAUUAUGGAGUAACCAUACCCGCCCAGCAAAGUACUGUACUGUAAAACCCAUUGGUAAGCACAAUGAAGUAUGUCUGCACAUCCAGAUCACUUUCCAGUGCGUGCAAGUUUCUAGCCUAACAAGUUUACACAGACCUCUCUCAUUAUCUUUUCCUGAUAUUCUUAACAGCAUAGGGUCGUCGGGAAUCUCUCUGAGCCUGUGUGUGCCAUAGUGUGCUCCAUUUUCUUAUGCCAUAAAAAGGGAGAAGAAGCUACCUAUGGGAUCAUCUGGCAAAGCCCAUAUCCCACAGUUGCAGCAAUGUAUGCUUCCAAUUUGUCCUCUUGGGCAGGAUAGGCAGGAGUAGUGCUUUCUUGUGAGCUUUGAUAGCUACUGACAUAGUUUAAUUUCCACUUUAAUAGUACUCAUUUUCCUUCUUCAUGGAGGGAAAGCAACAUGGUGCUGUGUUGAGAUUGGAGUUGGGAGCACCCCCUGUGUUAAUCUCCCAACUCUGAUGCUUGACUUCAAGUCAUUAUCCAGCUUGACUGCAAUUGUUCUCUUCCUCAUGUAAGAAUCUCACAUUCUGCAGGAGAGGCUGCAUUUACUACUGGGAAUAAUGUGGAGGGUGGCAACCAGUUCAUUACAGUAAAUAGGGACUCUUCCCAUCCCAGCCCCAGGCAAUAUAUGCAAAAUACUGUAUGUUUCAGCAGACAGAAUAGAAUGGGAACCAGAGGCAAGAAGAAACUGCCUCCUUUCCCCUUAGUUCUAGUUUAGUUAGACAUUCAUCAAAAUCAUUACAGACAGACAUCAGCAUUUUAAGACUAGUGAAGUAAAAUGGAGAUUACUGGCAUUACCUACCCUGUAAUGGUGCAUUUUCUGUCUUGAUGUAAGCUUCGAUAAGCUGUUUGGAUAGAACUAGUAACUAGUUGGCUAUGGUGGGCAGUAAUUGAUCAGCAUCUGUAAAAUUGUUAGCAUACACUGUUCAUCCCUUAAACUGGUGUAGAAAUUAAGUAAAUUAAGAGGUGGAUGGGCCUUGUACAUACAUAGACAUAUGUGCUGCUUUGAGAAAUGAGCCUGCAUGAUGAACGGGAGGUAAGAAAGACUGAAAGUGAGACAUGCUACAUUAGUAGGCAAAGCUGUACUUCAGUAUUAAAGUUACUUCAGUGUGUGGUCAUAAGUAAUACAUGUCACAAAGUUGAAGGGGAAAAAACCAUUGUCGUGGCCCUAGAAUGCUUUGUCAGUUUUAAAAAGUUUUAAAAGGCAAGUUUUUUGUUUUGCUUUGCUUUGAAAUACCAUCAUUAUGGUGAGGAAAAACCUUCUCAUUUUUGUGGAGCUCUGACCUUGCUUAGGACUUGUUCCAGCAAAGGCCCCACCCACUCUCACAUUUCUGGAAUUGUGUAUGGUGGGAGGAUGCCUUUGGUGAUACUAACCUUACCCAUGACAAGAAUAGUUUCACAAAGUUAGUUGUAUGAUGAGAGGCUCAGGGUGGAAAGGAAGCAUGUUGUGGGGCAGGUGAAUGAUUUCUGCAAAGAAGGAAGAGCCAACCAGAAAGGUAGCACAGAAAAGUUUUAUUUAGGUGCAGCAGACCAAAGUAGUUUACAUUUCAUUCUGUUUAGCUUUGAGUUGGAACUGUGUCUGGAACCGACAAUUCUAGAUACAGUAACAGCACAAAUAUUAUACUAAAAGUUGGCUAUGAAGCUUGGGGUAAAAGAGCCUCUGUCCGUGGGACAGUAGAAACAUAAGACAGGCUAUGAAGACAUGCCUGGGGGAAAUCCCAAAGCAGCAAUUCUGAAGCAGAGUACAGUGAUGUGCAUGUAAAAGUAGAGAGUCUUUUUGUUGUUUGUGUGGUGGUUUCUACAGUUCACUCUAAAAGCCCAGACCAUUCCAAAUGGUGCAGUACCAGGCCCACAGGUUCCAUAAGCCAGCCACCCUGCAUGAAAAUAGUGAUGCCUACUUGCCAUACCUUUAUGGUCCCCAUUUGUGCCACCUCCUGGAGAAGUAUGUGUGAAAGACAUAUGUUGCUGAAUGCACAGGAGUCAAAAGGGGCCAAGAACCAGAUGUGGAAGCCUCCGUGGCAGACUUGUCCUGUUGCUGCGACUCAUACCUGUGCCAUGUUCUCUCUAGGCAGAAGAGGACCUCUCUACAUCUUCUCUUUAUAUAUUGGCGUGUCCCAUAUUCUGUGCAGC